AUGACCUCCAGUUCUUCAUCAACCAACCCAGUUUCUCAUGCUGCUACUUCUUUCCCGUCAAACCCAUUAACGAGGAACUCUCCGAAUCAAUCUCGUACUGAUACUGUCUGCCCUCAUUGCAAUCAUCCCAUCAAAGAAAUAAAAUAUUCUGGUGAUGCUUUCCAUGCUUCUUUACAAAAAUUAUUUCCUGGUGCCAUUAGACUGGAAGAGUUUAUCUUUGAAACAAAACAAACCUUGGUUCCUAAAGGUUUCUAUCCGCAUGUGAAUACUUUGGUUUGUGUUGGUUUGUGUCGCGAUGAAAUCACAAGUCCUUUCGAAGAGGAAGUCGAAGCUAUGUGGGGUCAAGCAUUUAUUUGUGGUUCCCUCGGCGGCAUGUUGUUUUGUGGCAAGACUGGUUUCUCUGCUGCACAUCGUCAUGCACCUAUAACCGGUCAUUUCAUUUAUUAUUGUUUUACUCAUAUUGCCAUCGAUCAUGAAGGAAUUGUUGGCUCCGUUUACAGAACACGCAGUGGCAUGGAAGAAAAAACAACGGCGUGUGGAGCUCUCGCUGCAUUUGCUGCUGAAAUUGCUUCGAAUAAAUUGAAUUUUAACUUCGAUGAAGAUGAUAUUGAAAUGAGUAUGUUAAAGAAACAUAUAAUUAAUAAAACUAGUCUUUCAACCGAUGCUAUGAAUGCCCCAGAUUUAUUCAAGGUGACUAUGGCUGCUUAUGAAACGAUUACAUUUGAUUUGGAAAGACAUGUUCGACGCGAUGCAGGAAACUUCAAAGAUCGUCGUUAUGCCUUGUUCACUGGUAUUCAAAUACAUGGACCAGGUGGGUCCGAUUACUGCUGGCUAGGAAAAGCUAGUUUAUUAGUUAAUGGAGUAUUAUCGCCAUUGGUUCUUUCAACGCAUGUUAGUCUGCUGCCAUCAAUUGGAUCAACAAUCAUGCCACAGUGA